CAAUUUUUGUCUACUAAGGAUGGUGUUCGUGGGUCACGAGAAGUUUUCUUUUUUUUUUGGAUAAAAUGUAAAUAUAUAUAUCCAGAAAAAUAACAAUACAUGUAUCAAAAAGAUCUAUCUAAGCUAGCAGGCUAAUCUAAAAUAGAAUCUACCGUCUCCCCCCCCCCCCCCCCCCCCCACCUUGCGGUAGGGGGAGGAGAGAGGAUUUUUUCCGAAGUCCAAAAGACAUCACAAAAAUACAAUCCAGGAAUGGUACGGGACAGUCCCCGACUCAUUCAUCAAAAAUAAAUCAAAACCCAAGUCCAAGCCAAUGAAGGCCCAUCAUUGGAAAAUCCAGCAAAAAGAUCACCAUCAUCCAAGCUUCCUAGCUUCUGGGCCAGCAAAGGCCCGUCCACUACUCAGCAUCAAAGUAACAGCAGCUCAAGAUCAAAGCCCAUCAGGUGAGCCCAUCCCAGAGGCGUCCAAGCAGGCUAGGGUUUCGGCCCAACAUGGCAUCCCUUCCAUCGAGCGCCGCAUCCUCCCUAAUUCGAAAUUCGAAUUUCAAAAAAAUGGGACUGGUCGGUCAAACGACAGUCUGGCAGAGCAGCUGUCAGUCAGAGUCAACCCACCCCACCCCACCCCCCAGCCACCCCAAUAGGCGCCGGUACCACCCGUCGGUCAGGCGACCGUAGAAUGAAGCACGUAACCUAAACCGGAAAAGUCACCCCUGUAGUCCGAGCCUCCACCUUCCACCACUCACCGCCGUCGAGCCCCGACGACCCUCGGCGACGUAGGUGAGAUGACGGAAACGUGGCGAACCAGCAAUAGCCAGAAAAUUCGUAGCGUCAGGCGAAGUCGAAUCCUUCUCCGGCGAAACCUGUGCGCUUUCAAUUGAACACCAUCAGUCAGCAAUGUUCGCUCAUCACCCCUAGCAGUCUUCCCUGUCCAAUCAGCCCCUGCACUCUCCUGUCAUCAUCUCAGACUCACAAAACCACUAUCCAUCGCCCGAGAACCUUGAAACCCACGUCCAGAUCUCACCUCCGGUUAGAACCUCCUCGUAUCAUCACCGGACUGUCACCCAGUCCUCGUCACUGUACAUGCCCCCCCUUAACACGCAAUGACCCUGGCCGGCUGGUUGACAGUGAUGGCCGGCGGAGACAGGAGCUCAUCCCUUUGAUUCAAAACGAAGCAUGCGCCCUCAGAAACUCAACAGCAAUUUCAAGCCUUCCUCCGCCAUGAGAUAGACACACCUUCGACUACAGGAUUAAAAGACACCCCCAAAACAGUCCGUCUUGUCCGGCCAAUAGCCACGACCCAGUCCAGACCUUCCAAAUUACCGUCGCACACCAGAACCGUCGCCUUCCCUUUCCGUCACCAAGUCAUUCCCCACGGCCGUCAGUCGGUUUGGCUAAGAAUCCAGCAUGCUCAGGCGGCUCUUCCAGUCCAAACAAGGAAGCUUUUCGGCUAGAAGAAGAACCCUCCUUCACCAAGAAACCUUCGAGUAGAAGUCCCAAAAAUCAAAACGAAGAACGUCGCCCAUGGUCACCGGAGUCAGGAGGGCUCCGGCGCCGACGACCACCACGAGUGGUGGUGCCGGAAGAGAGGAAGAGAAACUAGAGAAAUCUAGUGAGAGAACAGCUCUCAACUCUUUCUCAUCUUACCGAGUUCUAAAACACGAGAAGUUUUCUUAAUAUUACAAUAGUAUGUGUGAUAUUAUUAUUCUAGAAUAAUAUUAUACAUAGUAUUGUUAAUUCACAUAUAUGGUGCAUAUUGUAUUUGUAUUAAUGCUACAGUAAGUUCAAGUUUAUUAUCUAUAUAUUCAACAAAUUGUUUUUAGAAAGUAAUAAGUAAAUGAAUUGUGCAA